AUGGCCGACCCCUCGAAAAGUCAUACGGUCGUCGACGUCGCCAUGGAGCAUCAUCACGCACUGGAAUUGUUCGACAAGAACGCGGCUGAUGAUGUAGAAGCCGGGAAACCGAAUUUGACUGAAGAGCAGAAAGAGAUGGUGCGUGAAGAAGUGAGGAGAGAAAUGGAGGCCAAGGGCCCAAGGUUCCUUCUCUGCUUGCCGUGCGUACCCGCGCCAUGCUACAGCGAUAACAACCCGUGCCAAUCCCUGGCCAUUUCCUGCUUUUUGGCGAUCGUUUGUGCGCCAGCCUACUACUGCUGCUACCAGGGCUACAAGGAGCUGAAGGUGGACUCGGAGUCGCGGAAAGGUUGGGGCUGCGUGGCGCUGGGUGGCAUAGCCGCGCUGACUAUCGGCGGCCUGAUCCUAGCUUUUGUCAUUUGGGAAGAGUAUUACCAUGUUCCGGACAGCAGCAACGAUCCGCCGGCGAUGAACGCCAACUGGAAUUCUACGGCUUUUCAU